CAGUGCGAAGUGACGUGGAGUACUAUGGAGAUUACAAGCGGACGUUUGCUAAAAACUUCAUAAACUAUGAGAAGAGUCGUGACUAGAUCUUUGGAUAUUCUACAUUGGCAGUUUUAAUACCGGUUGCCUCAUAAUUUCAGAUUCCACUUUGACGAAACAAGUUUUUCAUCCCAAGAAUGAACAACACAGCGGUCGCCGGCUAGCCCAUUAGCUAACAGGAACAGCCUCUGCUGUAGCAAUAGCUAUCCAAAGUCAGCGUCAUGCAAGUCAUUUAUUGUGCUAUCUCCGGAGCCAAAACAUGAAAAGCACGAAGAAGGACUUGACGAACCGCCGUUGACGUGCUAUAAUUUACAGAAACUGCAGUAGUUAGCUUGCUAACAUUAGCCCCUCGGUUUUGCAGGCAAAUAACCGAGUGAACUGUCAAAAUGAGCUCUCUGCUCCGAGGGGAAGAGAUGUGUCUGGCCCAACUGUUUCUGCAGUCUGGGUCUGCUUACGACUGCAUCAGUGAACUUGGAGAACUGGGGCUUGUGGAGUUCAGAGACUCUCAAUCCCAGUGUUAAUGCCUUCCAGCGGAAAUAUGUCAAUGAGAUCAAAAAAUGUGAAGAGAUGGAGAGGAUCCUUGGUUACCUUCUGAGGGAAGUCAAGAAAGCGGACAUUUCUCUGCCAGAAAGAGAUGUGAACCCUGUGGCUCCUUUACCCAAGCACGUCAUGACAAUAAUGGAGCAGCUGCAGAGACUAGAAGUGGAGUUAAGUGAAGUCACCAGGAAUAAAGAGAAGCUGCAGAGGAAUCUGCUGGAGCUGACAGAGUACACACACAUGCUUCGCAUCAGCCGCAGCUUUGUACAGAGAACAGCAGAGCGAGAGCCCCUACAGACUCAGUAUGAGGAGUUUCCCUUCCUAGAAAAAGACACAAUGAUGGACUACAGCAGCAUGCAGAGACUUGGAGCCAAACUGGGUUUCAUUUCUGGGCUUAUUAAGAGGACAAAGAUCGAGGCCUUUGAACGGAUGCUUUGGAGAGUUUGUAAAGGCUACACCAUCCUCAGCUACGCUGAGGUCGAGGAGUAUUUGGAAGAUCCUGACACGGGUGAGCCUACCAAAAGUGUGGUGUUCCUGAUCUCUUACUGGGGAGACCAAAUUGGUCAGAAAGUGAAGAAGAUCUGUGACUGCUACCACUGUCACUUGUAUCCCUAUCCCAGUAGCAACGAGGAGAGGAAUGAUGUUGUGGAAGGACUAAGAACUCGUAUUCAGGACCUGCACACAGUACUCCAUAGGACGGAGGACUACCUGAAACAGGUCUUGAUUAAGGCCUCAGAAUCCGUCUACACCUGGGUCAUCCAGGUCAAGAAGAUGAAGGCCAUCUACUAUAUCCUGAACCUGUGUAGUUUUGAUGUCACUAACAAGUGUCUGAUCGCUGAGGUGUGGUGUCCUGUCGAUGACAUUCCCACACUGCGGAGGGCUCUAGAAGAAGGAUCGAGAAAAAGCGGAGCGACAGUUCCUUCCUUUGUCAAUCGUAUCCCCACCAACGACACUCCCCCCACUCUGAUAAAAACCAACAAAUUUACCUCCGGCUUCCAGAACAUUGUGGACGCCUAUGGAGUGGGCAAUUACAGAGAGGUUAACCCCGCUCCUUUCACAAUCAUCACUUUCCCGUUCCUGUUCGCUGUGAUGUUUGGGGAUCUGGGUCACGGAGCUAUCAUGGCUGCAUUUGCUCUCUGGAUGGUGCUGUACGAGAACAACCGCAAACUUAAAAACACCAGGAAUGAGAUCUGGAACACAUUCUUUGAGGGGCGUUAUAUCAUCCUAAUGAUGGGCCUCUUCUCCAUCUACACCGGCCUGAUAUACAAUGACUGUUUCUCAAAGUCCCUCAAUAUCUUUGGUUCUGGAUGGAGUGUGAAGGCCAUGUUCAGAGAGGAGGUGUGGAAGGUUGCUGAUAUCCGUGGGAAUCGUUUUCUCACUCUGGAUCCAAAUGUUACGGGAGUUUUCAAGGGACCGUACCCUCUGGGAAUUGACCCGAUUUGGAACAUGGCAUCCAACCGUCUUACAUUUCUGAACUCUUAUAAAAUGAAGAUGUCAGUGAUCGUGGGCGUCAUACACAUGAGCUUCGGGGUCAUCCUCAGCACUUAUAAUCACUUGCACUUUAGGAAGAAGUACAACCUGUACUUGGUAUUUCUCCCUGAGCUCCUGUUCCUGCUGUGUCUGUUCGGCUACCUGGUGUUCAUGAUAUUCUACAAGUGGCUGGUCUUCACUGCCAAGGACUCCCGACAUGCUCCAAGCAUCCUCAUCCACUUCAUAAACAUGUUCCUCAUGCAGGGUGACGGAGUGCAGCCCCUCUACCCAGGACAGACUGGCCUGCAGGUAUUUCUGUUGGUCAUUGCUGUUCUCUCUGUGCCCGUCUUACUGCUGGGGAAACCAGUCUACCUUUAUUGGCUUCACAAUGGAAGCCAUCGCCUAGGGAUGUACAGGGGGUAUGAGCGUGUGCGCCGUAACAGUGAAGAGGAGCUCUACCUGAUGAGGGCUAAUGACAUGGAGGAGGGCAGCAGUCACAGUGAUCUCUCCACUAGCGGAGAGCGCCAGACAGAGGAGUUUGACUUUGCAGAUGAGUUCCUUCAUCAGGCCAUCCACACUAUAGAGUAUUGCCUGGGUUGCGUCUCCAACACAGCCUCCUACCUCCGGCUCUGGGCUCUGAGCCUGGCACAUGCCCAGCUAUCGGAGGUGCUGUGGGCCAUGGUGAUGCGAGUUGGACUACGAAUGGACACCAUUCUCGGGGUUUUAUUCCUGGUGCCUGUGUUUUGCCUGUUCGCCGUUCUCACUGUCUCCAUCCUCCUGGUAAUGGAGGGUCUGUCUGCAUUCCUUCAUGCCCUCCGGCUGCACUGGGUGGAGUUUCAGAAUAAAUUCUACAGUGGGACUGGAAUCAAGUUUUGCCCCUUUUCGUUCUCUCUCCUGCCCUCCAGCUUUGAGCAUGAUGGCUUACUGUGAAAGGACUAGCUGGUGAUACUGUUAGGUGGUAAAUGGAGCCAAAAGAAGCCACCAGGGUCCCAUGCUUAUAAAGACAUAUUCCAGAGAAGUCAUAAGGGGAUUUAUAUUUUUCUUGUCCUCUUAAAAAAAUGUCAUGUUAAGAAAUUCAAUGGUUAGCUUCACAAACUUUGGACUGAAACACGCUGCCCUCCCAAUAGUUUCAAGAACACAGAGCGUACUGCUGUGAAAUGUUUCCUUAUUGCAAGUUUAUGUAACGCAGGGUAUUUUGUACCAGGAUCAGUUUGCUUCACUGCAGGUUGAAAUGUUUGGCUCAAAGUUCAAAUGUAACUCGUAUAUCUAAAUCAGGCAUUAUUGAUAACCGUUGUUGAUAUCACUUCACUGGGAAACCGCAUCUGCCAAACUUGGAAUAAAUAAGUAAAAAAUAGAUGAUUUUACAGUAAUAAGAAAAUGGGAUUUGCUAUUUAAAUAACAUAAAGAAAUAAAAUAACAUCCACCUUUUUUAAGAUUCCUUAUUGCCUUUUGAUUAUCCUUAUUUAUUCAUUUUGGUUUCCCAUCCAAUUCCUGUCCUCUGUAUGUAGUUUUGGCAUUUAUUUUGGCAUAAUUGUGUAUAUGAAUGCGGUUAUUUUUACUUUUCAGUUUUGGCAGAUUUGGUUUCCAUACGCUGGGGAGUGAGCCACCUUACACUUACAUAGUUCUUGCUCAACUUUUUGUUGCACUGACUGCCUUACAGAAUUACAACCAAAUGACAGCAUACUGUAUCAUUCUUCAGUUCCCCUUGUGUUUUUACUUUGUGGUACCAAAAUGGUGCAAAAGAUCUUUGACUUGUCAGUAUUGAAAAGUGCCCGGGCAGUUGUGUGAUGAUGAGAUGUAUAUACUUUUACAGAAUUAUUUUUUUAUUUAUUAUAUUUUAAAAAUAUUGUGUCAGAAUUAAAGAUGAAUGUCAAUGGGGAUAUGAGUUUUACUUUUAUGCAUUCACAGUGUUGCCUAUGCGUCUGCCACUUACUGUACAAUUUAACGUUCCACGCAUUUGCCCUUACUUUGAAAGCCUAUAUCCAUAUCCAACUCAGUGGCCGGGUUGUAUUAAAUCUCAUUAGGAGAGCAUUGAACAAUGUACUAACACCAUGCAUUAUUAGUAAUUGCUGAUUUUUUUGUAUUGUAUGGGAUUGAUAUUGGUAUUUUUGGUAAGGAAGGAGACCUAAUUGUUGUUUGUUGUGGUAGUCACGUUUCUUUUUUUAUUGGGGCCAGAGAUGUUUGAUUAAUAAUUAUUUGUCUGUAGUUGACAGCAGUUGAAGGGGUAUUGUAAUUUCUAUUAAUGCGGCCCAAAUUUUGCAAUUCGUUUUAAUAUUAAGAAUUAAUAUCAUUUUAAUUGACAAACACUCCAUGUUCAUGUUAUUUUGAGAAAAUCAUCCUCAUGUUAAUAAUAAAUUGUAUUUGUUUUUUUGUCAAAGUC